AUGUCAGGGGAGGAGGAGUUUUUUCUGUUCAAGAACAUCUCCUUGGUGGGGCCAUGGGAUGGGCCUCAGUACCACAUUGCCCCUGUCUGGGCCUUCCGCCUCCAGGCCGUCUUCAUGGGCUUUGUCUUCUUUGUAGGAACACCACUCAAUGCCUUGGUGCUGGUGGCCACCCUGCGAUACAAAAAGUUGCGACAGCCACUCAACUAUAUUCUGGUCAAUGUGUCCCUGGGGGGCUUCCUCUACUGUGUCUCCUCUAUCUCCAUUGUCUUCAUCACCAGCUGUUAUGGAUACUUCGUCUUUGGCCGCCAUGUUUGUGCUUGGGAGGCCUUCAUGGGCUGUACAGCAGGUCUGGUGACAGGCUGGUCAUUGGCCUUCCUGGCCUUUGAGCGCUACCUGGUCAUCUGUAAGCCCUUCGGCAACUUCCGCUUCACCUCCAAGCAUGCACUGAUCGUGGUCCUGACUACCUGGAUCAUUGGCAUUGGCGUCUCCAUCCCACCCUUCUUUGGCUGGAGCCGGUUCAUUCCUGAGGGCCUGCAGUGUUCCUGUGGCCCUGACUGGUACACCGUGGGCACCAAAUACCGCAGCGAGUACUAUACGUGGUUCCUCUUCAUUUUUUGCUUCAUUGUGCCUCUCUCCGUCAUCUGCUUCUCCUACACGCAGCUGCUGGGAGCCCUCAGAGCCGUCGCAGCCCAGCAACAGGAGUCAGCCACGACCCAGAAGGCAGAGCGGGAGGUGAGCCGCAUGGUAGUGGUGAUGGUGGGAUCCUUUUGUGUCUGCUACACGCCCUAUGCUGCGAUGGCCAUGUACAUGGUCAACAACCGUAACCAUGGGCUGGACUUACGGCUUGUCACCAUUCCUGCCUUCUUCUCCAAGAGUGCUUGUGUAUACAACCCCAUCAUCUACUGCUUCAUGAAUAAGCAGUUCCGAGCUUGCAUCAUGGAGAUGGUGUGUGGGAAGCCCAUGACAGAUGAUUCUGAAAUGUCCAGCUCCCAGAAAACCGAAGUUUCCUCUUCCAGCCAAGUUGGUCCCAGCUAA